AUGAAUUGGGCGCUCGAGCAGUGGGCCGAUGAAUUUGGGACGCCUCGUAGCACAACCUGCCAGCUAGGACCACGCGCAGUUGAGCACGAUCUUCUGGUUCCAGGCGACGCCCUCGAUCGGGACGUGCAUCGUCGUGCACAGCGCUGCGCGUUGAGCUCACAGACGGAGCCCUUGAGCGGCACGAGGGUGCACGUCCCCGGCCCAGGGGGCGCGUGGCCCUUCGACUGCGUGUAG